AUGUAUGAUAAAGAACCAACAGCAUUUGAAAUUCAACAAAUUGUAGCAGAACCUUCCGGUUCAACAGGUUCUUCAAAUAAAACCCUUAAAGAGGAUGUAGAUACAGUUGAUAAUACAAUUGAUAAUACAAUUGAUAAUACUGAAUAUAUCACCGUACCUCAAGUUCGUCCUCGAAAGGAUUAUGGAAUAGUACCAAAUUUUAAUAGGUUAUCGGAUCGAUAUACCUUUUCAUUUUCUGCAGAUUUAAUUGCACAGUUUGAUAAAUACCGUGCGCAAAUGCGUGAAAGUAUACGUCAGGAAUUAGAAGACAACCAAGACAUAACAACACCAGAAUCAGAAACUUUUGAAACUUUAGAAACUGCAAUAAAUGAUGAUGACGAUGGAACAUUUAGUGUUCACCAAGUACAUCAUUCUGGAUCAAAUAUGUAUUCACAAGGUUCAACGAGCCGAGAAAUUGACAGUGCACCAAAAUCAAAUGGAAGAAAACCAUUAAUAUUCUCUUUCUUACGAGGGAAAACAAAAUCACGACGACAUAUUACAUCUUCAAAUUUGGACAAUCAAUCUGUAUCAGCAAUUGAAACAUCUGUAAUUGAUAAUGAGGACAUUACAAUGUCAAAUGAAUCAGAUUUACGACAAUCUUCACAUCAAGAAAAAACUAGUUUAUCUAAAAGAUUUAUAAGAAGGAUAACGAAACUUGUAACUUGCUCAUAA